AUGGAUGCUGCUGAACAGGCUACCCGUACCAACCAGGUUAAAGACCAAGUUGGAGAGAGAUGCCAGAAACUAUUCCAGGAUUUCUUGGAGGAGUUUACUGUAGAUGGAGACCUGAAAUAUCUUCCCGAGGUGCAAGAGUUGAUUCGGCCUGAGCGCAAUACUCUGGUUGUUAGCUUUGAAGACGUUGAAAAUUACAACCAGCAAUUAGCAACGACCAUCUUGGAAGAUUACUAUCGGGUUUACCCUUUCCUCUGUCUGGCUUUGCGUAAUUUCUCUCAAGAUCGCGGACAUGUACCUCCUUCAAAGGAAUUCUAUGUGAGCUUUACUGAUGUACCCACUACUUUAAAAGUUCGGGAUUUAACAGCUGCCAAAAUUGGCACCCUUCUUCGAAUCUCUGGGCAGGUUGUGCGUACUCACCCUGUCCACCCAGAACUGGUUUCUGGGACAUUCAUGUGUUUGGAUUGCCGCACGAUGAUCAAAGAUGUCGAACAGCAGUUUAAGUAUACUCAGCCAAGUAUCUGUCGAAAUCCUGUGUGCAGCAACAGGUCAAAAUUUGUACUGGAUGUGAAUAAAUCAAGAUUUGUUGACUUUCAAAAAGCCCGUGUUCAGGAAACUCAAGCUGAGCUACCCCGGGGGAGCAUCCCUCGCAGUCUGGAAGUGAUAAUGAGGGCAGAAGCAGUAGAGGUUGCCCAGGCUGGGGACAAAUGUGAUUUUAUUGGGACGCUGAUUGUUGUCCCUGACGUCUCCCAGAUCAACAUGCCCGGCGCGCGUGCCGAGACAUCGACCCGUAUGAAAGGGAAUGAAGGUUAUGAAAUGGAGGGAGUCAGUGGAUUGAAAGCCUUGGGUGUCAGGGACUUGACGUACAAGUUAGCUUUUCUUGCCUGUACCGUAACACCUAGCAACCCGAGGGUGAGCGGAAGUGGGCGUGAAAUCAAAGAGGAGGAAAUCACUGCUCAGGUGCUGAAAAAACAAAUGACCGAUGAAGAGUGGCAUCGUGUUUACGAGAUGAGUCAGGACAAGAAUUUGUAUCAGAAUAUCUGCUUGAGUCUCUUCCCAACCAUUCAUGGCUGUGACGAGAUCAAAAGAGGAAUCCUGCUUAUGCUGUUUGGUGGUGUACCUAAGGUCACCGUUGAGGGCACCAAUUUGAGAGGUGAUAUCAAUGUUUGUAUCGUUGGUGAUCCCAGUACUGCUAAGAGCCAGUUGUUGAAGCAAGUGGAAGAAUUUAGUCCUAGAGCUGUGUACACCAGCGGGAAAGCUAGCAGUGCUGCUGGUUUGACAGCAGCUGUUGUUCGAGAUGAAGAAUCCCAUGAAUUUGUGAUCGAAGCAGGCGCCCUGAUGUUGGCGGAUAACGGUGUUUGCUGCAUUGAUGAAUUCGACAAGAUGGACCCAAAGGAUCAAGUUGCCAUUCAUGAGGCCAUGGAACAGCAGACCAUCUCCAUUACCAAAGCGGGUGUCCGGGCCACCCUGAAUGCACGUACUUCUAUCUUAGCUGCGGCCAAUCCAAUUGGUGGGCGUUAUGACCGCACAAAGCCAUUGAAACAAAACAUCACCCUCACAGCUCCGAUCAUGUCUCGAUUUGAUCUGUUCUUCAUUCUUGUUGAUGAAUGUAACGAGGCUAUUGACUAUGCCAUUGCAACCCGUAUUGUUGAUCUCCAUUGUCGCAAUGAGGAGUCUGUCUCUCGAGUGUACAGUGUUGAGGAUAUUAGUCGCUACUUAAUGUUUGCUCGCCAAUUUAAACCAAAGAUAAGCAAAGAAUCCAUGGAGUACAUGGUUGAAGAAUACAAGCACCUGAGGCAGAGGGAUGGAACUGGAAGCACUAGAUCUUCUUGGAGGAUUACUGUCAGACAAUUGGAAUCUCUCAUCCGAUUGUCAGAGGCUAUGGCUCGACUCUACUGUCAGGAUAUGGUUCAACCAAAGCACGUAAAAGAAGCCUUCCGUCUCUUGAACAAGUCCAUCAUUCGUGUAGAUCAACCAGACGUUCACUUGGAAGAAGGUGAAGAGAACGAAGAGGAUGAGGAAAUGGAAGUAGAUUCUGAGCCCCCAACACAGCCCAACGGUCAUGUCAAUGGGACAGUUGAAGACACAGCCGAACCUUCAGAUACCCAGCAACAUGACAAAUCUCCCCAGAAAGCAGCCCCCAAGAAAAGCAUCAAAUUAUCUUAUGAGGACUACAAGCACAUGGCAAAUCUUUUGGUUCUGAAUCUGCGUCGAAUGGAAGAGGAGCUGGAGGAACAAAGUAGCACAGGAUGUCGGCGUAGCAAGCUGAUUGCUUGGUACCUGCGGGAAAUUGAAAGUGAGAUUGAGAGCGAAGCCGAGUUGAUAGAACGAAAGACAAUUGUGAUGAAGGUCAUUGAUCGGCUUGUCCAUCACGACAACAUUCUUAUUGAAUUGAAACAUACACAGCUAAUGUCCAAGUACUCUCUCUCUCUUUCAUCAGUCUGUUUCAUGCUCAUCAAUCUUUCUUUAGUUUUUCUAUGUAUUUCUCUCCCUUUCUGUCGCUCACACUUUCCCUCUCUCUAUCUGUCACGUUUGCUUUCGCUACCUCUGCCACCGUGUUUCUCUCUGACUCUUUCUAUGUCACUCUCUUUCUUUCGCUGUAACUUUCUCUGUCUCAGCCGAUUUGUUUCUUUAUCUUUAUCUUUCUCUGUGUCACUCUUUCUUUCUUCCCUCUCUCUCUCGCUCACAUUUUCUAUCUCUGCAGCUUUAUUUCUCUCUCUCUCUCUCUCUCUCUCUCUCUCUGUCGCUUUGAUUCUGGCUCUUUUCCUUUCUUUUCUUUCUGCCAUCUAUCCUAUUUUUCUUCGUCGAUAA